AUGGCAUACUACGACGAGCGUCGCAGUUAUGCGCCGCCGCGCAACGAUCGCGGCUAUGCCACAGAGUACUACGAGGAACACCCCCGUGCAGGCUAUGCCAGAUAUGAGCGCGAAGUGCGUCCGCACAGAGGAAGCCAAGAUUCAGUUGAAGAAAUCCAACGUGAUUAUCCUCCGGGCUCGGAGUACGUGUACGAGCGAGGCUAUGAUGCCCGGCGUCCCGCUCGUCCUACAUAUGAGAACGUCCGCCGCGCUUCCUCGGUGGGAGGAGGCUAUGACCCCUAUGCUGGAGAUGGCUACUAUCAUCGGACCCGACGAACCAAGUAUUACGAUGACCACCACUCCCGUCGCUCCAGAUACGCCUCGACAUCUUCAUCCAGUCCAUCUCCGCCUCCGCGAAGACGUCGCAAGUCAUUUGGCGAAACGGCCCUUGGCGCCCUAGGCUUGGAAUCUGUCGUCUCCAAAAGCUCAGACCGCACAGAUCGCCGUCGUGGUCGCUCGUCCUCGCGCUAUCGUGGCCGUGGCCGUGGCCGUGACUACUCGUCGUCUCCCAGUCGCAGCCGGAGCCGGAGUCGUCGUCGUCGUGAUGGCAGAGAUCGCGCCAAAAGCCAAGACAAAAUGAUGCAGGCUGCCCGCGCCGCUCUGACAGCCGGCGCCGUGGAAGCCUUCAAAUCCCGAAAGGAUCCCGGCCCCUGGACCGGUGCCAAGGGCAAGCGUAUCCUGACGGCCGCAAUUACCGCAGCCGGUACCGACGGCCUCUUGGACAAGGACCCCAAAAAGCACUCCAACCUCCACGUCAUCGAAUCCACGAUCGCAGGUCUCGCUGCCGGCCAUCUGGUCGGAGGGCCCAAGGGUCGCGAUGGUCGAGGUCGCAGCCGCUCCGGAGGUGGACUCAAGGAUCUGGCUGCCACCGGCGCCCUCGCCGCGGCCGGCAAAGAGAUCUUUGAUCGUGUCUCACGUUCACGCUCUCGACGUCGCGACCGCGAAGACCGCGGCCGUAGUCACAGUCGGGACAGCGGAGACGACGAGCGCCGGGGCUCCAAGAAGCGCAGCAAGAGUGUGUCCGACUACAUCAACAAGGGCAUGGCCGCGUUGGGACUGGGAGAAGAGGCUUCGGAACAUGAUCGUCGCGACCGUAGCCGUGAGAGAGAUGAUGGGCACGACCGAAGACGGGAGCGACGUCGUCACCGGGACCGGGACUCGCGAUACGACUCGUAUUCCGACUCCGACGCAGAUACCGAUUACCGCAGCAGAGAUUACAGACGAGGCAGAGGCUCGAGAGAUGUAGGUCGUUAUCGCUCUGCAAAUGGCAGCAGAGCACCCCCUCCACGAUCCGCAGGUGCCUCUCGUGGAGAAAGAGGCCCCGGAUCUUCUACCCGGCGAUCCAGCUCCAGCUCUGAGAGUAGUUCUGACUUAGGUGACAGUGACAAUGAGAGAAAACAGAGCAAGAAGAUGAAGCGGGACCUGUUGUUGACAUCCGGGCUGGCCACUGUGGCCACCAUUCAUGCCGCCCACAGCGCCUACACGUCCGUGGAGAAACGCAAGAAACGCAUGGAACAGGUCAAGGCCGGCGAAAUCACCGCGGACGAAGCUCGCAAACGCCGGAUGAAGGCCAACACGGUCGACGCCGUCAGUAUCGGCCUCGCAGCUCUGGGGAUCAAGGGAGCGUACUCGGAGUGGAAGGAGGCCAAUGAAAAACGCAAGGAAACCCGACACUUCCAGGAGGAAUGCGCCGAGCGAAGAAUCAAACGUGAGAUGCGUCGCAGCCGUAGUCAAGGACACGGUGCUUAUCAUCGCCGUCGAUGGCCCGACGAAAUUGAGUAUCCCACCGACGCUCACUCCACCCGUGGCACUGGGGUGGCUUAUCAUGACGGAAAUCCCUACGCUGCAACGGCGGCCCCGGCGAUUGCCAACUAG